CAUUGUUGUCAUCUUCCUCUCUUCUUCUCUCUCGUGAAUCUUUUUCUCAUUCAAAACUUUGCUUCUCUUUCUAGGAAGGAGACACGAUUAACCGAUUUCUGAGCAUCCUCGUGCCAUUUCCAUUUUUCUACAACCUUCCCAAAUUCCACUUUUCUCUCUCAAUUUUAGAUUCUGAUUCCCUAUUUCCAUUUCCAUCUCCUCUGCAUGCUUUUCGAUUUUCCUCUGUGACUCCUUCUUCUUCGUUCGUUCUUAGCAACUACUCUUUGAAGCUGUUCUGUUGAGCGCUUUGGAAUGGCGAUUUUGGAUUCUGGAGGCGUCACUAUGCCGACGGAGAACGGUGGCGGAGAGUUUGCGGAUCUCGAUACUCUUCGUCGACGGAAAUCACGAUCGGAUUCCAACGAACCUCUUUCCGAUUCCGCACCCGGUACCGAUGCUUUCCCAUCAGAUGAUGUUGGAGCUCCGUCCGACGCGAGGGAUCGGAUUGAUUCAGCUGUCGACGACGCUCAGGGAACAGCGAAUUUGGCAGGAGAUAACGGCGGAGAUACCGAAAUUAGGGAAACUGGUGGAGGAGGAGGCGGCGGUGAAGCAAGAGGAGACGCCGAUACAAGGUAUACGUAUCGUCCGUCGGUUCCAGCUCAUCGGAGGGCUAGGGAAAGUCCACUCAGCUCCGACGCAAUCUUCAAACAGAGCCAUGCCGGAUUAUUCAACCUGUGUGUAGUAGUUCUUAUUGCUGUAAACAGUAGACUCAUCAUCGAGAACUUGAUGAAGUACGGUUGGUUGAUCAGAACAGAUUUCUGGUUUAGUUCAACAUCGCUGCGAGAUUGGCCGCUUUUCAUGUGUUGUAUCUCUCUUUCGAUCUUUCCUCUGGCUGCCUUUACCGUCGAGAAACUGGUACUUCAGAAAUGCAUAUCUGAACCUGUUGUCAUCAUUCUUCAUAUUAUAAUCACAAUGACAGAGGUCUUGUAUCCAGUUUACGUCACCCUAAGGUGUGAUUCCGCCUUCUUGUCAGGUGUCACAUUGAUGCUCCUCACUUGCAUUGUGUGGCUAAAGUUGGUUUCUUAUGCUCAUACUAGCUACGACAUAAGAACCCUAGCCAAUUCAGCUGAUAAGGCCAAUCCUGAAGUCUCCUACUAUGUUAGCUUGAAGAGCUUGGCAUAUUUCAUGGUUGCUCCCACAUUGUGUUAUCAGCUGAGCUAUCCACGUUCUCCUUGUAUCCGGAAGGGUUGGGUGGCUCGUCAAUUUGCAAAACUGGUCAUAUUCACUGGAUUCAUGGGAUUUAUAAUAGAGCAAUAUAUAAAUCCUAUUGUUAGGAACUCAAAGCAUCCUUUGAAAGGGGAUCUUCUAUACGCUAUUGAAAGAGUCUUGAAGCUUUCAGUUCCAAAUUUAUACGUGUGGCUCUGCAUGUUCUACUGCUUCUUCCACCUUUGGUUAAACAUAUUGGCAGAGCUCCUCUGCUUCGGGGAUCGUGAAUUCUACAAAGAUUGGUGGAAUGCAAAAAGUGUGGGAGACUAUUGGAGAAUGUGGAAUAUGCCUGUUCAUAAAUGGAUGGUUCGACAUAUAUACUUUCCGUGUCUGCGCAGCAAGAUACCAAAAGUACCUGCCAUUAUCAUUGCUUUCUUAGUCUCUGCAGUCUUUCAUGAGUUAUGCAUCGCUGUUCCUUGCCGUCUCUUCAACCUAUGGGCUUUCAUGGGGAUUAUGUUUCAGGUGCCUUUGGUCUUUAUCACAAACUAUCUACAAGAAAGGUUUGGCUCCAUGGUGGGCAACAUGGUUUUCUGGUUCAUCUUCUGCAUUUUCGGUCAACCCAUGUGUGUGCUUCUUUAUUACCACGAUCUGAUGAACCGCAAAGGAUCCAUGGCCUGAGAACCCGUUCUCAAAGGACCUUCUUAUCUGUUCCGAUGCUAAAACAAAAAAAAAAGGUUGCCUUUUACCAAUUGUCAAUUGAAAAAAGGAAAGAAAAGUAGAGUUUGUAUCUGCAAAAAUUUUGGUAGUGUUAAAAAAGACUUAGAAGAGACGAAUCCUUUUGAGUUCUGUUUCUCUUUGUCUGCCUCUCGACCUUGAUCUGCUCUUUCUUGUCUUUAACAACCCCCCAAAAAAAAAGUAGAUUCAGAUAUUAGAUUUUGUUGUGGUGUAAUGAAAUUUCAAUCAGACAUGUUGUAAUAAUUUUGACUGCGACAGUUGCCAAAUACCGAGGAAAUAAACAAAAAUAAAUAAAUGGUAUUCUUUUCUUUUCUU